AUGAAGAAUCUGGAGGAGAUCAUCUUCAUGAAUAAUGGGUUGAAUUCUUGCUUGCCGGUGGAUAUUGGGCGGUUGAAAAACGUGACGGUGUUCAAUGUUAGCUUUAACGAGCUUGUUGGUCCGUUGCCGGUGAGUGUUUGCGAAACCGGUUUGGUUUUGGUUGAGCAGUUUAAUGUGGCUCAUAAUCGAUUAUCAGGGAAGAUUCUGGUGAGUAUUUGUCAGCUUCCGAAGCUUGAGAAUUUCACUUACAGUUACAAUUUCUUCACCGGUGAGCCUCCUAUGUGUCUUAGAUUGCCUGUGUCUAAUGAACGGAGAAAUUGUUUGCUGGGGCGUCCUGCUCAGAGGUCGUCAAAGCAAUGUGCAGUGUUUUUGUCUCGACCGCCGGUGGAUUGUGGAUCUUUUAAGUGUGGCCGUUCUGUUUCACACUCUCCUCCAUGUCUUUAUUUAGAACUAUGUCUCAAGUAG